GGUAGUUAAUGUGCCAAUGUUGGUAAAAAUGAUUUGAUGAUCGUUCAUUUUCGUAAUGUUUCGUCUAUUGUCGGAAUCUCCGACUCAAAUAUUCGCCAACAUUGGCGGGUCUGCGAUAAUGUGUUAGUGUAUAUCGUUUAACAGGAAAACUAGGAGAAAAUACAUUCGUGGUGUAUAUGUAUAUAUAUAUAUAUAUACAAUAUUCAACUUAUAUGAACCUAAAAAAAAACAUUUGAAGGAAGGAAAUAUUAAUUUCUUGUAAAAAAAAUAAAAAGUAAAGAAAAUUACGUUUGUUAAUAACAAUUCAAAGAACAGCUCUUUGUAGCGCAUUUUUUAUUAAAGUGAAAAGCACAUGCGAAAAUUAAGUAUGAAAGGAAAAAGGAGGAAGUCUGAAACAAGCGACGGAGAGUCGGAAGAAAAUGGCGUCGCGUCGGGCGUCUCGGGCGUCACGCGGACUUCUGAUAACGAAAUGGAUGAAACUGAUAGUGAAAAAUCAGAAACAACAUCACGCAAGUCAAAAUCUAAUAAUAAGAGACGCUCAUCGCGUUCUCGGGGAAAACAAAAUGAAUCUGUUGAUGAAUCCGCUGAUAAUGAGAGUCAAGAGAAGCCGGCCGGAAGCGAACAGGAAAAUGGAACCGCCAAUAGUAAAGGAGGUUCUUCAAAACGUCGCAAGAAAGAUGAAAAACCUGUUGAAAAAGAAAAACCUGCAACCGAUGAUGAAAACAAUGAGGACGACGAAUAUGAAGUGGAAAAAGUAGUUGCGCAACGUACCAUUAAAGGUCGUCGUCAAUUUUUGGUCAGGUGGAAAGGCUAUGGAGAAGAUUCUGAUACCUGGGAGCAAGAAAAAGACUUGAAUUGUCCACAAUUAAUUGAAGAAUUUUUAGCUGAAGCUGGUGAUGACGAUAAAGAGGAAAAGCCAGCUGAGAAGACACCUAAAUCAGGAAAAAGUAAACAAGGAAAGAAGUCUUCCAAGAAAGUUAAAAAAGAUGAAGAAACGAAAGGCACAGAAGAGGAAGGUGAUGACAAUGACAAUGAAGAUAAAGAAUUUGAAGUGGAAAAAAUUAUUGAAGUUCAUUUCAAGAAAAAUAAAUCGAGAGAAUUUCUUAUUCGUUGGAAGGGUUUCUCGUCGUCUGACGACACAUGGGAGCCAGAGGAAAAUUUAAAUUGUCCCGAACUUAUUGAAAAGUUUAUGGAAAAAGUUGAAAAAGCAAAAAAAACAGAAGCGAGAGAACUCAGAACGAAUCCAACGCUUACAAAACAUUUUACACUUGGAGCACAUGGUAGACGUCAUUCUCGUCGUCAUGGUGACAAACAGAGAGUAACAUACCGAGGAUGUGAUGAAUGAAAGAAAUAUCUACAUGGAUAAACAUAUGCAAAAUUUAAAACCGAUGAUUCACACUAGUGAUAACAUGUGAAUUGAAAAUAAGAUACAUCUUCCCAUGUUUCCUAGUAAUCGUAUUCUUUAUUUUGGAACGUAAUUUUCUCUU